GUUUUAAAAUUGAAAAUUAAGUGGUGCAUUCUAGUUUUAGUGGCUGUUGUCUGCUUUUUGCGAGCAGACUAAUUACCUUGUGUUACGCUGCCGGUUUGUAUAAGAUAAAUUCAGUGCGAUAGGAAGUAACUUUUUAUCUUGAGACAAGUUCAAAUUGUGAUAAUGAUAAAAACGCGAUCAGAGUUACUCUAAGUCUAAGUCGUGGUUACUGAAGAAGACGCGAAAUCGGAGAUUCCGACGUACUGCACACAAAAAGCAGUCCUUGUGUACUUGUUGAGCCACGAGCUCUCAGUUUAAUAUUUAAUAAGAGUCGGAGAAGUGUGCUGCUGCUGCUCUUCCGCAACAACUGCUCUCGAGGCACGACGACGAAUCACAAAUUUGUCGACCAGAAGCGUUUCACAAGUCAUAACUAAACUGUUGAAUGUGCUGUAAACGUAAAUAAAAGUAUAUAUACCUAAAGGAUUCCUUCUACAGUAACGAAAAUAGGAGACGCUUGCGUCGAGCACGUGGUGAAGGGGCAUCAUAUUCCGGGUCGAAUAAAGUUUAAGUGACUCUAUUCGCUCUCCUUUUACGGAGUCUUCGUCGAGAUCAACCUCAACAUCUGCACUUAAGAAUUUCAGAACAGUUUAAAUAUAGGCACCGAUUUAAGGUCUCAAGUUACCUUUUUGCGGGUAACUGUUCUCCAAAGUUCGUCCUUGAAAUUUAGUUACAGUUAACAAACCAACUUAAGAUUAUCUGCAAGUUGUUCCAAGUUAGCAGAGCAUUCUCGCUUGGUUAGAGACUCUGGAAAUAUUAAGUAGCAACUUGUUCCGAGAGUCAAUCAAUCUAGAUUCGUCACCCAAGGAUAACAUUGAAUCUCGAGGAUUUAGUGUAAUUUAUAAGUGAAUUGGAGAGAAGAAGGCAAGAUCCCACCCGCAGGCAAUCGAGAGCGAAAAGAGGGCCAGAUCCAAGCGGUCCAGGCUCCCGUGAACAUUAGUGACAACAGUAGCCGGUGUCUUCAACAAGAAGUUAUCAACGGUACGCGUGGACGGGGGCAGUGGUGCAGUGCUUGCAGGGGAACAAGGGAAGUUGGGGUGGCCGCGUCAUCGGGCAGUUUGGCUCCAAGUGCAUCGGGCCCCGAGGCUACCGUGGUGGGUUGCCUGGUUGGAGUGUAUCCGUGUUCUCAUUCUUCCACGGGGCCCAGGGGCCCCACAAGUGCUCAUCUAAUCCAAGGCAUCCCAGCGAACCAGCAGCUUCAAGGGGCCAGCUGUCGCGCCUGUUGCUGUGCCCAUAUCAACCACCAUCAGCAGCCACCCACAGCGGUCCAGCUUACCAGCCAACGGGGCGGUCUAUCGCUGAGGGUAGCGAGGGUGGCGUCCACCACCUCCAUCCGAGCCACCCCCUACGCCCAUCCCCAGCACCAGGGGCUGGGGCCAGAGUGCAGGUGUAGGGAGGAGACGGGCGCAGUGGGUGGAGGUGGUGCGCACAUCCUCGGCAGCCCGAUGCUGUUUGUUCCGUUCACGGUGCCGACUUUCCCCACGACGCACCAUCAGACGUCUCAUCCGGUCCACCAAACGCACCAUCAGCAGCUGCAACCCACCAACCAGAAUCCGGUGCAGCAGCCGCCACCACCACAGCAGAUCAGCCAGCUCAAUCAUCUCAACCAUCAAGGGAUCGUACCUGUGACGACCAAUCAGCCCACUGUUCAUAGUACCAGCUGUUCGCCGCAACAGCAGGCUACUACACCGAACAAGGAGAUGAAAGUCAACUGGGCGACGUCGCCGGGUAACCAACCGAAACAGGAUACAAGCAAACACUACCACAUAUUCGUUGGAGACCUGAGCCCGGAGAUCGAGACGCAGACCCUGAGAGAAGCAUUCGCCCCCUUCGGCGAGAUCUCGGAUUGCAGAGUAGUUAGAGAUGCACAAACUAUGAAAUCCAAGGGCUAUGGAUUCGUAUCGUUCGUUAAAAAAGCGGAAGCAGAGAGCGCUAUUGGUGCCAUGAAUGGCCAGUGGUUGGGGAGUAGAAGCAUCCGAACAAAUUGGGCCACACGUAAACCUCCGGCACUUAAAUCGGAAGCGAACGCAAAACCACUAACUUUCGAUGAGGUCUACAACCAGAGCAGUCCAACCAAUUGCACCGUUUAUUGUGGGGGUUUGACCAAUGGUCUAACAGAGGAGCUUAUGCAGAAGACAUUCUCGCCUUUUGGCUCGAUUCAGGAAAUUCGUGUUUUCAAGGACAAAGGAUACGCCUUCAUUAGAUUUUCAACGAAGGAAUCGGCCACGCACGCUAUCGUGGCGGUACACAACACCGAUAUCAAUGGCCAGACGGUGAAGUGUAGUUGGGGUAAGGAGAGCGGAGAUCCCAACAAUGCUCAACAGACCGGACAGGCUUUGUCUUCGGCGACCUAUCCAUAUUACGCAGCUGCAGCUGCAGCUGCUGCUGCUGCAGCGGGCGUCACGGGCGUUGGUGGCGUCGGAGGUGUUGGGGGUGCUGGUCAACUCGGAUACUGGUACCCUCCACAAUCUUAUCCAACGACAGCCACACAAAUGCAAGCAGGAGGUUUUCUUCAGGGAAUGCAAGGCUACACCUAUGGACAAUUUGCUGGAUACCAACAAGCCCAGUAUUUAGGAAUGGGAAUGGGAGUGCACGCAGCGGGAACGGCCGCUGGCUGGGGUCAGGGCUUACCUGGUGGACCUCAACUCCCACCGCACCAUGCCACGACGGUGACAGCACCUCCUGGUGUACAGGCAGCGCCACCCCCACCCCCACCCCCUGCGCAAAUGAUGGCCUAUCCUAUGCAACAGUUCCAGCUAGCGGAUGAGGACUGGCUGACGCCUAGCCUCCUAGUGUGAUGGUAAGCAAGCACAACCCAUCGACAGGAAUAACUUCUACAGCUGCAGCAACAACAACAGCAACAACAAUCAUUAACAUCGCCUCAACCAACAUCAAUGUCAUUAGCGCUACAACAUUAACAGCAUUGUCGAGAAGAAACGUGCCACUUCUCGCUUAACUAACCAUGUACAAUGCCGAUAAGGACAUCGAUUUUGAUGCGAUAUUGAAAGAAUCAUUCAAUUAACAAUUCUAGUUUGCCAAUUGGCACUUCGAUAAAGCGGGUUAUAAUACUAAACACCAAAUUCUCUGAACCCGUUUCACCAUUCAUAAAACGGUGGUUCGUUUAGUGAUUAAUGAUCAAUUUCGAUGCUUCAUGAAAAUAUUAAUAAAAUCAUGAUUUUUCGGUAGAACUAUCGAUAACGAACCACCGUCUUUAU